AUGGAGAAACUUUACAGGGAAUGGCAGGGUAGGAAGCCAGAUAUUGUAUAUCUAAACAAAAAGAAAAAAGAAGCGAAAAUAAUCGACAUCGCCAUUCCGGGUGACACAAGAGUAAAGGAAAAGAAACCGAAAAAAAACGAAAAGUAUCAGCCAUUAAAAGAUGAGAUCGCCAGGCUUUGGAAGUGGAAAAAGUUCAAAAUUAUACCCGUUGUAAUCGGUGCUCCAGGAGUUGUAAGCAAGAAAUCGGAAGGGUACAUUAAAGAGUGUGAUGAAGGUAUCCGGUUGGAAAUAAUAAUAAUAAAAAAUACAACUGCUGGGACUUCUAGGAUCCUUAGAAAGUAUUGGCAGCAGAAGGAGAAGGACAAGCUUGAAACCUGUGAGGACUUGUUGUCACCUGCUACAACCGAGCAUAAGAACUAG